AUGUCUGCCACACCUGACAACACCUCAACACUCCCUCCGACCAGGGAAGAAUUCCCAACCGCUACAGCAAAGACUUUAGAGGGCGAAGCAGCGCUCUACAAACCUGUUCUUGCAGCAGCCCGCGAUCUCUCUCAGAGGUUCCCGCCGGAACACAUCUCAAAGGCCUUCCUCCUGAUUGAGAUAGAGGAUCUCGCUGAAAAGGAACUGAAUAACAUACGGGACGAUAUCGAUAAAAAGGUCAAGCCUUGGGAUCUGGAUAGGUAUCAUCGCAAUGUACUACUCACGCCCAGUUGGACAGCGGUCCCCGAUACCCCAGAUGCUUUCUUCAGUCGUCACGCAGGCACAAAGGCUAGACUUAUUCUUCGGCUGGCGGGGAAAGCCAUUAUACCCAAGCUCAACGAUGUCGCCCUGCAUGAGCAAAUUCAGGCAUACAUCGAUCGAUGGAACACGAGGGACAUAGAGCCAGAGGUUGCGGAGCGAGCGCAGAAGCGGGCACAGAAGCUGGAAAACAGCCAAAAGAAGAGGCAGCGAGAGAGCACAACUGCCCAGACGACAGCAUCCAAGCGACAGGUGGCGACAACUUACUCUGGUCAGAACAGCUUACGACAACCACAAGCACCGAGCGCUCAGCCGUCAUACACAAGGGAUAUUCCGCAGCAGGGUAUCAUGACUCAAGUGCAAGCCUUACCAACAAUAGCUUCCCUACAUGCAGAGCUGCCGAACUUCCAACCCCACCAGAGCCUGCCAUCACUACCAUCGACGCGGCAAGCCACUACGCAGACGGACAACGUCACAAAUUACCAUGCCUUUCAUGCAAGUCCAGGACCUUAUUACCUGAACCAGCAGAACUUGCAGACGCUGGACGAGGUCCAUCAGGGGCUGAGGUUACAGCUGAGGCAACAGGAGAAGGAGCAGCAGCAGGAGCAGCAGCAGGAGCUCUUUGAGGAAAUUAUCGAGCCCCAAUGGGAUUUGGACGGCUUUGACUACUAUUAA